GCGGCCACCACUGCACCACAACCUGCUUGUGACUUGUCGCGUCUCAGUCUUUGGUAUCCGAUGAUACUUAAAUCCACAUGAGGCCCUUGUCGACCUGGACUCGACGUCUCUGUUCCUCACAUCCACUCAAACACACUUUCAGGCCCAGACCUUCACUGCCCUUCACCACAGCAUCAGCACUCAAAAUGCCUACCUACAUCAUUACUUGCAAGGAGGACGCGAGUCCGGAGCAGGUCGAGGCCACCAAGCAAGCGGCCAAGGACCAAGGUGGGCAGAUCGGCCACGAGUACAAGCUGAUCAAGGGCUUCUCUGUUUCCUUCCCCGAAGGCACCGUCCACGCGAUGGAUUCACACGAGCAUGUUAAACACGUCGAGGCCGACCAGGAGGUUCGCACGCAGUAGUGUAACACAACGUCGGCCCGUGACAGGACCUCCUGCGUUCCAGAGCAUCACGGCAUUUCUAGACGGCACCUCUGCAUACUUGAAAGACAGCCAUAAUACAAUUUGAGCGGAGAGCGUGCUCUCAUAUUAUCCAAAACAAA